GCGAGGGGCCGUGCCCUCUUCCGGGUGAGAUAAUUGCUCUCGGGUGCGGGCCGGGGCGCACGGCGCGCUCCUUCCCUCAGGUCCGGCCUCAUGGAGAACCCCGCGGCCGCGGCCCCCGCCGCGGACCCCUCCCCGGUGUUCCUGCUCCUGUCGUUCGGGACGCUGGUGGCCGCCCUGCUGGGCGCCGCUCACCGCCUGGGGCUCCUCUACCGGCUGAUGCACAAGGUGGACAAGGCGAGCAUCCGGCAUGGUGGAGAGAGCGUGGCGGCCGUGCUCCGGGCCCACGGCGUGCGCUUUGUCUUCACGCUGGUCGGGGGCCACAUCUCCCCGCUGCUGGUGGCGAGCGAGAAGCUGGGCAUCCGUGUGGUGGACACAAGACACGAGGUGACCGCCGUCUUUGCCGCGGACGCAGUGGCCCGCCUGACAGGGACGGUGGGCGUGGCCGCGGUGACCGCGGGCCCGGGCCUCACCAACACGGUGACGGCGGUGAAGAACGCGCAGGUGGCUCAGUCUCCGGUCCUGCUCCUGGGAGGGGCGGCCAGCACGCUGCUGCAGAAACGGGGUGCCCUCCAGGCCAUCGACCAGAUGUCCCUGUUCCGGCCACUCUGCAAGUUCUGUGCAUCUGUCCGGAGGGUGCGGGAUAUCGUGCCCACCCUGCGGGCUGCCAUAGCUGCCGCCCAGUCGGACACCCCAGGCCCCGUGUUUGUGGAGCUGCCCCUCGACGUGUUGUACCCUUACUACAUGGUCCAGAAAGAGAUGAUUCCUGCACAGGUGCCCAAAGGCCUCAUGGGUCGCGUGGUCCUCUGGUACUUAGAGAACUGCCUGGCCAACCUGUUUGCGGGCGCCUGGGAGCCUCAGCCUGAGGGGCCUCUGCCCCUGAACAUCCCCCUGGCGCCCCCCCAGCAGGUUCAGCGCUGCGUGGAGAUCGUGAGCCGGGCCAAGAAGCCGCUGCUGGUGAUGGGCAGCCAGGCCCUGCUGCCCCCGACCCCCGCUGCCCGGCUGCGGGCUGCCGUGGAGACCCUAGGUGUCCCCUGCUUCCUGGGAGGGAUGGCGCGGGGGCUGCUGGGUCAGAACCACCGCCUUCACAUCCGGCAGAACCGUGGUGCAGCCCUGAAGAAAGCUGAUGUGGUCAUCCUGGCAGGAGCCGUGUGUGACUUCCGUCUCGCCUACGGCCGCGUCCUCAGCCGCAGGAGCCGGAUCAUCGUGGUGAAUCGGAACCGCGCUGACAUGCUGCUCAACUCCGACAUCUUCUGGAAACCUCAGGAGGCUGUCCAGGGCGACAUAGGCUCCUUCAUGCUGAAGCUGGUGGAAGGCCUUCAGGGCCAGACGUGGGCUCCGGACUGGCUGGAGGAGCUGCGGGAAGCCGAUCGGCACAAGGAGCAGACCUUCAGGGAGAAGGCAGCCAUGUCUGUGGGCCAGCACCUGAACCCCGUGCGGGUGUUGCAGGCCGUGGAGGAAGCGCUACCUGACAACGCCUUGCUUGUGGUGGAUGGCGGGGACUUUGUGGCCACCGCCGCCUACCUGGUGCAGCCCCGUGGGCCUCUGCACUGGCUUGACCCUGGGGCCUUUGGGACUCUGGGAGUUGGUGCAGGGUUUGCACUUGGGGCCAAGCUGUCCCAGCCGGAUACGGAGGUCUGGUGCCUGUUUGGGGAUGGAGCCUUUGGCUACAGCCUCAUGGAGUUCGACACGUUCGUCAGACACAAGAUCCCAGUGAUGGCCUUGGUAGGGAAUGAUGCAGGCUGGACCCAGAUCUCCCGGGAGCAGGUGCCCAGACUGGGCAGCAACGUAGCCUGCGGCCUAGCCUACACAGAUUAUCACAAGGCAGUCAUGGGUCUGGGAGCCCGGGGCUUGCUGCUGUCAGGGAAGAGUGAGGACCAGGUGGCCGAGGUGCUGCGUGAGGGCCAACGGCAGUGCCGGGAUGGCCACCCAGUCGUGGUCAACAUCCUGAUUGGGAGGACGGACUUCCGCGAUGGCUCCAUUUCCAUGUAGGGACUCCCGGGGCUGGUGUGCCUGGCUCCCUGCUCCCGGACUCUGCUUGGCUGGUUUGGAGUCUUAUCCCUGUGGGAUCUGGACCUAGUCCGGAAGCUGCAGUGACUCGACAACCCUCCCUGGAGGGAGCUGGUGGGAUCAGAACUCAGAGAAACACCUGGCAGCCCUGGAGAGCUUUGGGCCCUUGUCUCUACAGACCUGACCGUCCCCUUUCUUCUUAUCUGAAUAAAUCCCCUCCGGCUCAUGAGGGCCCAAGGACUCA